AUGUCGUCUACCUCCGCCACCGCUUCCCGUCUUUCCACGCCCGCGAUCACCACGAACAAGACAAUCAAGCACCUCCUUCGACUCUUGACCGUCAAUGUCCAAUCCGCCCCCGAGCCUGACUCCUCGAAGGAGGAGGCUAAGGACUCGAUUGAUGACAUCUCCGAGCACCUAACCUCGAUCCGCAGCAAAGGCGGCGUACUUCCCAAGGACAUGGCCGAAGCGGUCCAGAACGCCGUCUCGAAGGUCAAGGCCAUCUUCCCCGACUUGCCGAUCCGAUUCGGCACCAUCAUACCCAAAUGGACGUGGGCAAAAAAUGCCCGCGAGUGCCGCGACCUCGAGGCCAGGAUUGUGGCCAAAGAAGCCGAGCUUGCGCGAAUCAUGGCUGAGGAGGCCAAACUUGCCAGGAUCGCGGCUGAAGAGGCCAAGCGCAUCCAUCAAGCUGCCGAAGAACUGGCGAAGGCCAGCCGCGACCAAGCGACCGGGAGCGGUCUGAUAGAAGAUGAGCCAAUGGUCAUCGAUGAGGUUACCUUGGGCGACGAUGGCGCUGCGUCUCGUGAUGACGACGAUGAGGAGCCCCAAGACGACAACGAAGCUGACGAGAUCGAAGAAGAGUCGGAAGGGGACGAAGGGGCCGACAACGCCGACUCGUUCAUCACCAAGGAAGUCGAAGCCCUCAACGGCGAUGGCAAGGUCGCCGAAUCGUGGCGAGUCGUACGACAACGCGACUGGUCAGGCAUCUCGUCCAAAGAUAUCAAAAAGCACGCAAAGCAGGCGCAAAGGAAAGGACAAUGGUGCGACCGCUGCAAGUUGAACCGGUCGGUUUCGACUUGCGUUCCAUCGCGCAAGCAGCCCAAUAAGUGCGAGAAGUGCAUGCACAACGUACAAGGCUGCUACUUCGAUGGGGCCUCAAUGCGAGGCUGGUCGAAGUUGUCUCAAACUGCGCGCGACAAAGGGAAAAAACGCACCGUGAAGUCGCCUCUAACCUCGCCCCGCGUUGCAAAGCGCGCAAAGUCGUCGGUCAACCCGUCGGCGACUUCGGAUCCGUUGUCGCGUGCCGUCUUGACCCAUGCGGCACUCGAAGCGGUGCGCCUUGAGCGAGACAUCAUCGCCAUGCGGAUCUCGCUCCUUCAGGACAUUGACUCAGCUUUAGCCAACCAAGAGCAGCUGUACCUAAAUAAAUUAAGUGUUAAGAAGGGACUGCCGGUUGCUUCGUUGUCGAAGGGCCCGCGGUCCACAUCAAAGGUGCCUAAGUAG